GCCCGACAGCAAAGGCCAAGCAUGAGUCAAAUCACAAUCCUUAGCACGAAAUCAGAAACGACGCCCAUAAAUUCUGGUCAAAAUCCCUAAUUGCAUAGAGCUCAAGAGCACGAACUUCACUCUUCUUUUUCCUAGAUGCUUGGCAAUGGCUCAAACAGUGGAAAACGACGUUCAGUUGGAAGGAAAUGCCACUGAGUCCAAUCUAAAGCCACAGCGCCUCAAAAUCACCAGGUUCUCUGAUGACAGCGACAAGAAGAUUUUACUGAAGAGACUCAAAGACGUUGAAAUCUCUGUUCCAAUAGUCUAUGGAACAAUUGCUUUUUGGCUUGGUAGAAAGGCCACUGAAACUCAGUCACACAAGUGGACGGUCUAUGUGCGUGGAGCAACAAAUGAGGAUCUUGGUGUGGUGAUUAAGCGCGCUGUAUUCCAAUUGCAUCCCAGUUUCAAUAACCCUGUUAGAGUUGUUGAAUCACCUCCUUUUGAGUUAUCAGAAUGUGGUUGGGGUGAAUUUGAAAUUGCCAUUUCCCUGUUCUUCCACAAUGAUGUUUGUGAGAAGCAGUUGGAUCUGUAUCACCAUCUUAAGUUGUAUUCUGAAGAUGAGAGUGGUCCACAGUCAACCAAAAAGCCUGUCGUUGUGGAAACUUACAACGAGAUUGUCUUCCCUGAUCCAUCUGAGGAUUUCUAUGCUCGUGUCCAGAAGCAUCCUGCUGUAAUUGUGCCUCGUCUUCCAGUCACCAUAAACUUGCCUUCUGUUCUUGCUACAAAUGUAGAAGAUCUGAAUGAAAAGAGAGGUGAUACCAAAGACCACCCGUUGAGUCAAUGGUUUAAUAAUUUCUCAGAGGCAGAUGAGCUAUUAAAACUUGCUGCUGCUCGUCAGCAGGUAGGUCCCCUGACCUCCUGAUCAGGCCCAAGAAGAGCAUGCUCUCUAGUUGGCCAGAAGAGAGAAUACCACUUGGUUGAAGCGGUGUUUAAGGAGUUUGCAGUGGAGGUGAUUGCUCUUUUUGUCGUUUCAAGCGAGGGAGGUAGGUUUUGAAGAGGGUGCUGCCGGGUGUGAGGGGAAUAGUGGGUUUUGGGAUGGUGAUGCUUAACAAGGAGAUGUGGUGGUGAUGAUUGGGUAUACACACUUGGUAUGGCAACCUCAGUUCAUCUCAGCUGGAAUGGUUGAUUAAUUGAGAUAGCAGUUAUUUAUAGAUAUAACUAAAGUACCUGUAUUGAAAACUUUCUUUCAGAUAUGGUUUUCAUAAAUAUCAUAUUUAUAAUAAUUUAAUAUAUAAUGUGCUCCUAGUAUCUUACUGUGAAAAAUUGGAAAACUAUGCUGAAUACUACGGUAAAUAUUGGGGUUCCUUGACAAUUAAAUACUUAAAAUUUUGAUAAUUCAGUUAGCCUUCGGUUAAGUGUUUGGGUUAUGGUUAAAGAAAUAGAAUCUGCCAGUUGAUUAAAUAAGUCUAGUGGAUAUAAUUGGAGGGAUAUUGGGGAGGAGCAGGAUCCUUUCCUAUUCAGUGUAGGAAUGAGGCAACUCUUUUGGUUUGUGUGUAUGUUAUGUUAUGCCUAAUUAGUGGUGUAAGAAAUGCAUUGCCAAUUUUGGGAUAAACUUUUCCCAAGUAUGAUGGACUUCCUUUCCAUUUCCAUUCUCUCAUGACUAUGGCAAAAUCAUCUCUGUUUGCUGCUUGUGGUGCCGUGCCUCUGAUCUUUCGUCUCUGCUUUAGAAUCAGAGAAUGCAUCUAGGGUUCUCUCCCUCGUCCGCAUCCUCUAAAUCUAGCAGGCAAGGGUAUUUAAUAUCAAUGUAGAUUUUUGUUGGAGAGGGAUGAAAUUAUCUAAAAUGGCUGUCUAGUUACCAUUUCACUUCUGUUACAAUUACUUUAUAAGAUCGAUUCUAUGCCAUAUUCUGGCACCAUGAAAGCAACUCGUAUAAUAUACAUACGCAUGCAAAGAUAUUUGAUUGAUGAAUGGUAAGUGUCAAAAGAAGCAUAAAUCAACCUAUGGUUGCAAAUCGCUUAAUUUUCUGGUACGCGCUGCUUGCAAGUAAUCCCAACAUAAUUUCCAGUUUUGCUUUUCAACACGCGCACGUCAUGUUUUCAUCGAAAUCUGCUGCAUGAUUGCUUCUUACUUUGGAGGACUUUUUUUUUUUCUCCGUUGCUGGGUAUUCUAAUAUUAAGCUGGUGGUUAAUAUGAUGUAUUC